AUGGGCUUCGUGCGGUUCCAAAGCCCCUACGCUUUGUUCGCGGUUCUCUUUGGCCUACAGUUUCUGGUUCUACUCACAAGGCUCGUUUUCUUUCGACAGGUCAGAGAUUACUGGUUAAGCCUCUCCAAUUGAGGGUGAACGCGGAAACAUUUUUGAAAACCUGGUUUUUUUUUCAGAGCACCGUCUCUUUUUAGAGCCGUUAUGCUCUGUGGCUUUUUUGGUUGUUAGCUAGAUAAACGAAACUUUGACGACUAAAAUUGUUUAUUUAUAUUAUUAUAUUAUAGCUUGAUUUGCGCGAUAUCAAAACUAUUGACAGUUCCAAUAUUUUCAACUGAAAAAAAUCUUCUCCCAGUCCACAAAAAGAUGAAAAAUUAUUUUAAUGUUCAGAAAUAUGGAACAAUUUUAAAAAACUAUAGAACUGUUAACACGUUUUUUUUUUCCGAGAAGCAAACUAUAUUUUAUUAUUUAUAGGAAACGUAUAAAGAUUUACAAUAACUGCAUGGAAUCUUUCUGAUUUCUUGCUUAUUCGCGUUGAUAGUUUUUUUUAACAAAAAGUUCAUUCAUGUUUUCCAUGGCUUUGCAGAACUCGACAGACGUUCGAAUCGCCAGACAGUGUCUUCAUGACGCCUCUUUCCCUUACGACAAUGAGGACGACUUUCAUAAGAAUGUAUUUUAUCGAGAGGAUUCCGAAGUAAGAAUUGUGACAGAUCUGGCCGGACUUGCACCGGAUCGCCUUCUUGUGUUCAUUCAAGCGUUUUCGGAAGGACGUUUCCACGUUCGGCAGAGGAAAACACGCCGUGAAUUGGCUAAAUGGCAAAGUUACGGUGAGGAAGGCGUUCUAUACCUGAGAAAGAAUCUGAAACGAAGCAGAAGCUUCGAAAAUUUAUAUAAGCAAAGUCGGAAGGAUCGAAAAAGGCUCCAUAAAAAUGUUCCUUUUAGGAUGAAAAAUGCUCCUUUUUUGUGGCCAACGGCUCUUAUGCACCCUUUUUGCUGCCUCUCCAUCACAAUUUCUUAAGCCUUGAAAAUUCUAGAAUAAAUGGAAGAUAAAGAGACUCUUUUCGCUUACUUUUUUGAGCCUCUCCCUUUUAGCAGUCCGCUAUUCCAACUUUGCUUGAGAUUAGGCGCAGACUUGUUCUGCGCCAUUGUUUCACUUUCUUAUUGGCUCGAAUCUUCUUAAUAUUUCAUUUUCAUCCAAUAAUUGAAUCUCAAAAACACAGGCUCCCGAGCACAAAUGCAACAUAAUCUUCUUGCGCAACGACUCGGCCGUGGAGACAGAGCUCGACCUGAAGCGCCGCAUGUCCAACUGCACUGUGUACUCUGUGAGCUCGGAACUGAGCUCAGAGGACUCUCGGAAACCUGGCAGCUCUAUCGUCUCCUUUGUUUUCAACUUGGAGCUCUACCCACAGAGAUGGAAACCUUUGGACGACGAACGUGGUAAGCGAAACUUUUUUAAGAAAGAAUAAUCGUACGUACGACUUUGUAAAAAAAUAUUUUGCUUCAUUUCUCUCGAAGGAGCUGAAGCUUAACUGAAGUUUAGAAGGAGUAACGUAUUUAUAGCUCUAGGAAACAUUUCAAAGAAGUUGAGAACUUCUCAACUUUCAGAAAAAUUCUGCAUUUAUUUUAGUAAGAACACUGCUCUGCAGCUAUAAUAACGAAAGAAAAAGAAAAUUCACGAGAAUUUCGGCAGUCGAUCGCCGACAUCGCUGUUUAAUAGGGUCAGACCAACCCUGUGGGCGUUUUCAUAACGAACUAUGAAAAUAUAAGAUCAAAAACAAGAAUGAAGCUAUUCGCAAGUCUGCUCGGUUUAUAGACAUAAGAGAGUCGAUGGACAUCGUGAAGUUCAUUUCUCUCGAAACCAAAUUGAAGAGGAUCGACGCCUUGAACGUCUUCACAAACGGCGCCGAACACAUCAGGAAUCUAUUUUCAAAAAGCGCAUUUGAUACAGCCAAAAUACGUGUUUGCCAGGUUUUCUCAUUACUUUACAUUCUUUCAAAAGGGUAUUCUUCUAGCUAAACUUGAUCUAUCCUCGGCCUAGAUCCAAGUCGACAAAACAAGCGUUCUAUGACGUGUGGAAGCGAAUUCUCUACGACAGGAGGUUUCAAAAUAAAUGUCCUUUUCUCAUAUCACUGUUAAGUUAAACUUCUCUACAACAGUAUAAUAUAUCAGAUACUUCUUGACGAGCGUCCGGCGACUUCCCAAUUCUGACGAUCUCAUGCUGUUCAUACUCAACGUCAGUGAUCCUUACUGUUGGGCCAAGUACAUUUCGCUCAACAUUCCAUUCGACCCCGAAAGCGCAUAG